AUGAGCCUCACCAGCAAAAACCAAUCCCCGGUCGCAUUAGUGACGGGCGGUACGGACGGCAUAGGACUAUGGCUCGCCACUCAUCUACAGACUCGUGGCUACCGGGUUGCGAUUUGUGGUCGACGGGAAAGCAAAGGGCAAGAGAUUGUAAAAUCGAUUGAUCCCUCGGGCGAGUCAAUCAUGUUUGGACAGUGCGAUGUUUCCUCCUAUUCUGCCCAGGCAAAGCUCUUUCACAGCGUAUGGAAGAAGUGGGGUCGACUCGAUGUAUUCGUUGCCAAUGCUGGAACCGUGGACCAUGGUUCCGUUUACAACUUUGGGCGGCGUAACGCGCCCGUUGACGACUUGCCUCCUGAGCCCAGCACAGCUUGCACUGACAUCGACUUCAAAGGCACCAUAUACGGUACCACUCUCGCAACCCACUUUAUGCGGAAUAACGCCCACGGCAAAGGGGGCAAGAUUAUAGUGACGGGCAGCAUGGUCGGUGUAUAUCCAUGUCAAACUUUCCCAGAGUACUGUGCAGCCAAAGCAGCGACUCAUCAGUGGGUCAGAACAUUAGGGCCGAUACUUCUCCAAAAGGAAAGUAUCUCGAUGAACUGCGUCAUGCCCGGUGGCAUCGAAACGGCUGCCAUGCCUGGGUUCUCAAAGGCGUUCCGACCGGAGCAAAUGACGUUGCAAUCCACACUGCUAUCCGCAUAUGACCUGUUCCUCGACGAUGCAGCAAACAUAAAGACUGGUCAGUGUAUCGAAGCCGCACAUGACAAACUGUACGAGUGGGGCACACCGGAAUACAAGAGUGGGGCGUUUGCGAAACGGACCGAGGCUGUGUUCGAGCCUUGGUUCGAACUCAUGCAUGGGGAGAAGAGCGACUUGCCCGGAACUGUGCAGGACUGGCCCAAUAUGGAUUACAAGAUCAUCGCCGUCACUGGCGCGACGGGAGCUCAAGGUGGUGGCGUAGUGAAUGUUAUGAAGAAUACGCCUGGCUGGAAGGUCAGGGCUAUCACGCGGAACCCAGAAAGUGAUGCAGCAAAGAAACUUGCUGCUGAGGGGAUUGAAGUUGUACAAGCGGACUUUGACGACCAAGAAUCUCUCCGCAACGCCUUCAAGGACGUCCACGCCAUAUUUGCCGUUACGCAAUGGUGGGAGCACGUCUUCAAGGGCAAGACUCAAGAUGAAGCUGGCAAGAUCGAGGAAGAGCAAGGUAUGAAUAUUGCACGAGCGGCGGCUGGAAUACGCACCCUGGAGCAUUACAUCUGGUCAACAACACCCAGCGCCAAAAUCAUGCUAAGGGGCAAGCUUCUCACCCCGCACAUGGACUACAAAGCGAUUGUAGAUGCUAGGAUCAAGUCCGAGUUGCCCAAUCUGGCUGCCAUUACCACAUACCUCUACUUCGGAUACUAUCCGCAAAACAUGGCUUUCUUCCCACUGUGCAAGCCGAUGGAAUGUCCUGGGACAGGCAAGUACAUUCAGACUCUGCCAACGAAAGCCAACGCAAAGAUCCUGCUAUCCGGUGACAUGACCGUCAACCCUGGAAUCUGGGUCCGACAGGUCCUCGCCACAGGUAGCGAAGCAUACGGAAAGUACGCAAACGUUGCUUUGGAAAAGUGGACGUUCCAGGAUAUGGUGGAUGUGUGGUCCGAGGUGACAGGUAAGCAGUGUGUAUUUUUGGAGACGACAUCAGAGGCCAUCACUGCUCUGCAUGGCGUGGUAGGCAAUGAACUCGCGUUGCAGUUCCAGUUUGGCGAGGCUUGUGACCCGUGGGAAGAGACGAAAGAUCACAUCCGUCCGGAAGAGCUGGGCAUCGAUCGCAGUGAAGUCGUCGGAUUCCGUGGGACUAUCGAAGGUCUCAAGAAGCAGGGAUUCUGGACUUGA